AUGUCUACCGCUGCGCCUAAGCCCCCCAAUCCGCGACUCAACUACUAUCAGCAGAGCCCGGUGCGGGGCCAGCUCGAGGUCCCGGACAGCAGUGCAGCCAAGACAAGCUGGCGUUACAUACAAUGCACAGACACCCCCAACGAACUACGGGUCCUUCUCCCGCCGCGCACUGCGACUAUCUACCACCAGCUUCUGAAGGUGGAGGCCUCGGAGCUCGCGAAGGACAGGGCCGCGAACUGGGAACGCAUCCUCGAGAUCCGCCACCUCAAGGACCGCAUGAUUCGCAAAUGCACACGUCUCGGACGCGCCGCCGUUCCCAAAGACAAGCCCGCCCCACGCGUCAUGUUUCAAACCGUCCACGCGCCACCCGACUUCCGCCUGAAGGAGAUGGAACGUUGGUUCAGGAUGCAACACCCGGACUCCGUGAGGGCCCCUGCCGAGGGGAGCGGCGCGCCAUACUGCCGAGAGUGCCAGGAGUGCAUCGCGCACCAGGCGCAGAGCAGCGCUCAGGCGCAUAUGCACGCGCCAGCACAUGCCCCGGUACGUCGCGCACCCUCGUCAAGCAGACCCGCCCCGUCGCGCGGCGCAGCCCCCGACCGCAUGGCGCGGCGUGCCCCCGCUCCCCCAGCACAGACCGUGACAUACACGCACGCGGGCGGGAUGCCUCCCCGGCAGGACAUACGGACAGCACGCAUUCCCCCCGUCUCACGCACGCACGCCCGGCAAGCGUCAGCGCCCAGCGCUCCGGGAUACUACCCUGCAGCCCCGCGCACAGCAGAGGGUCGCAAGUCUGCGGAUUAUCUGCGUGCGGACCAUGGUGCACGGAUGCAUGUACGCUCGCCCGACCCUCUGCCCAUACCCUACCGUCCGCGCGACGCCUCCUCCCCGCCGGAAUCUGCGUCGUCCGUAUUAUCGUCGGAGAAGGAGUCCCCCGCCCCGCAGGUGCUGGAUCUGCCAAUAGCCUCGAGUCCAACUCCCAUGACGUCCCCGCCGACGUCCAGUACGCCGCCGAAGAUCGCGUCACCCCCUAAUGGUCUCCCUACGAUACAUGAAGACGACCAGUUCUUCGAUCACCGACCGAUCGUGCGCAGGAGAAGCAGCUUGAAGAAGCGCGACAGUAUGAGCCGGCUGAGCAUCGCGAGCCAGUCGAAGUCCGUCGCGUGGGCGAUGGACCGCGACUGGACGGAGCAGAUGUCGAAGUACGUGAAGACGACGAACGAGGCGGAGGUGCUCAGCGAGGAGCUCGAGAAGAUGCGCAUAGCGUACCACUGCGAGGUCGAGACGAUGCGCAACCUGUGCAUGAAGGUCGAAGACACCCAGGAGCGCAUCCGUAUGGAGAGCGAGUGUCUGCGCCGGGAUCAGGCGCUGGUGCGCGCGCAGGAGAGCAAGAUUCUCGCGAACACAGAGCAGAUCGAGCAGAAACAGCAGGAGUUCCUCGCAAAGGUCCUCGCCGCGCUGGAAGAGUCCCGACGCGUCGUCCAGUUGUGCGACAAGAAGCGGGACAUGCACGACUCGUCAUGACCCGACACUGACGAUCUAUGCCCCGCCCUCCGAUAUGUACGAUCGCACGAUGACGAACCCCCACAUGGUAUCUAAGUAUUGGGAGGACCGCAUAUAUCCGCGCCUAAGGCUAUUAUGACUGGAUAUACCCCGUCGGUCCCCCUUCCUUCUGUCUGUAACAUAUGUAGCAUAGUGGCCGGAUUUUGUUUUCCACGUACAUACUUGUCGUUGUUUGUUUAGGACGCAUGCGCAGGUAUGCCUAGAGUCGACGAAGUAUUUGUAUGCCAUCAC